GAGAGAAAAACGAUAUGAAGUUAUCAGACAUAUGACAGUGGGAAGCCUUUUUUUCACAAACGAGAGAGCCAAAACCCGAAGUUCCCCGAAGUUCAUGUUUUUUUACGUAUCUUUAAUGUAGCUAUCCUAACCAAAUCAACCGUCCACAAUGUUUUAAAGCAUUUAUAAUGUAGCUAACCUAACCUAAUUGACCAUUAGUAUUCUUUUAUAAACACCGCCAUAUUUAUUUACAAUAUUACAAUGAACAAAAAAACAACCGAAGAUGCACGAUUGGGCGUUUGGUUCUCUCGUCUGUGAAAGAAGGCUUCACGUCAGUGAUAUGUUGUUUUGUGUGGUAUUGGGCGUUGAUUGGGCGUAAGGGGUCAAAUGAGCAAGGCUAAAGAUAAGCGGUUAAGCUUCGAGUGAUAACUUUUGAAAUUUGUUUUCUAAAGCCACUGAUAAGCUAUAAUCACCGGACGUUGCUGCUGCAGCUGUUCACGAUGUCUGUAGACGAGGUAGUUGUGGGAAGCAGUGGUUGGCGAGCGGCUGGUUGCAGUUGGCAGCACUGUGACUUGCUCCAGGAGUUCGCCAAGGCAGCGCAGGACGUGCAGAACCUGAAGGCCGUCCCCUCGGACACGGAGCUGCUGGAGAUAUACGCUCUCUACAAGCAGUCCACGGUGGGCGACGUCAACACAGCGCGGCCGGGCAUGCUGGACUUCAAGGGCAAGGCCAAGUGGGACGCGUGGGAGGGCAAGAAGGGCAUGUCCCAGGACUCCGCCAAGCAGGCGUACGUGGCCAAGGUGCAGCACCUCAUCCAGACGCACGGCCUCAAGUGACGGCCUCCGGUCGCUCUUCAGCUGUUACAAACCAACCAGCAAUUAUGAUUUAUAUCGGCCAGCUUUUUCAUGGCUCCACAAACAAUGUGUUUGGUGAUAAGAGAUUUGGAAUAAUAAAUAUGCAACACAUUUACAAGCAAUAACAUUUAAGCUUUAACGUGAAAGAGUUUUGUGAAUGGGAGUCUUUGUUUUUUGUUAUAUUCAUGUUAUGUCUUUGAAAUAAAUGUAGUCUAGUCUUA